CUUCGAUUAAGGCUCGUCAAUUGUAAGGCUUGCCAUCAUCUCCCCGUUGACCAUACAUGACUCACACUCACCGCGUAGCAUUUUUCGAUAACGAGAUAAUCAGACUAUGCAGCAAAACAGAAAUAAAAAAGAGUGUACCAUGGCCUCAUCCUUACCAGCUGGAACUAGCCCCAGCUUCAUUCCGGCGGCGGCUUCUCAAAGCACACAUUGGGGACAGAGAACACAUCAAGACGCUCUUCGCUAUGGAAAUACAUGCUGUCGUCGAUUACAUUAUGAAAAACAGCGAAGAAGAGGAGAGGUCUUCAACGUAUCAAGGUCUCCUGGACAAGAUCUGCGAGGUCCUGAUUCAUAACCGGUGUGUCGGUUGGGCUGGAGAUGAAGGCCAUAGACUUGGUCCAAAAGAAAUUCGAUACACAACCCUGAUACAGCUAGUAUCUUUCAAUCUUGCUUUCUAUCUUGGGUACCGAACUCUGGUGGUAAAAAUGCUGGAACAGGGCGAUGCCGGUAUCUUGCGCAAGGAAGAACGCGAAUACUACCUCCGAGCAAUCGACAUCUCACUCCAAUUGAAGGAUCCGACCAGGACAGUCAUGCUUCUGAAUAACGGUCCCUCAUGGGAGAGGCCAUAUCGCUGGUUCUUCUUUGCUUCCAACUUCUUAGACAUCGCUGAAUGGGCCGAGGAAGAGAACCUUCACGCCAUCUUCCUUACUCUACACUAUAGAGUUGCUCGCCAUUCAUACCGCCUCAAAGAGGUUAUAGAAGUGGUCGAGAAAUUCGCCAAUCAGGAGCGUUGGGAAACAGCCUGCAAAGUGUUGAAUGAAUUCUUUCCCUGGCCGGAAUCUUCCCAUGCGCCACAGCUUGUAUCGCUGGCCUGCCGAUGUGGAUAUGAUGAUCUACUCCAGAAGAUUGUAGACCGACCUACACAAAUGGAUAUGCAACUCUACGGAAAGAAAGGCCCACUGCAUGAAGCAACUCUUCGUGGACAUGUGAGUACGGUCCGCUUACUGCUCGAGAACCAAGCCCUAGAGAACGACCCUUGGGGUUGGCAGAUGUCUCUGUGGAGAUACGCGGCGAGAGGCGGGAGACUAGACAUCAUGAGACUACUUCAGGAAUUCGGAACUCGAAAGGGCGUAGAUAUUCUCAGCGUACUUGUCAUCGCUGCCGAUACUGGACAUCUUGAGAUGGCAAAGUACGCUGUUGAACAUAGGUUCGACAGGCCGGCCAAGGCUGGUGCCGGUCGCCGGAAAAGAGCGAUGGUCACACAGCGUAUUCGUUACUUUGCACUGCUUCGAGCGAUCGUUCGAAACCGUGUAGAUAUUAUCCGGUGGCUUGUCGAAGAACUCAAAAUCAGCGCUGAGGGAUCCGGCUAUGAUUGUAGCGCCAGCCGUCCGCGAUUCCCGAUACUUCUCGCGGUCGAUUGUGGGAGCGAAGAUGCGGCGAGGGUUCUUUUGCGGUUGGGAUCCCCCCCGUUGCUGAAGGAAGAUCUUGUCACGGUCACAUCGGACUCAGAACGUGCGAAACGAGACAAAUGCUUGGAAGAGCUCCGGUGCGAUCUUUCAUUUGGGCGUGAGGUUGCUUGGGGAAUAAGUGCGACUCGCGAAGAUGUCGAGAGGUGCUUUUGGGUUGCAACGGAGAGCAGAGAGUAAACAAUACCACGCGGUUCCG